AUGGCCGCCUGGUCUCUCCUUUCUACCCUUGCUCUGGUCGCCGUCGCCGAGGCCGCAAUCGGUCCAUCCGCUCAGCUCACUGUCUCGAACGUGCAGCUCUCGCCCGAUGGCUUCAAGCGGGACACUGUCGUUGUGAACGGACAGUUCCCUGCGCCACUCAUUACCGGCCAGAAGGGCGAUACCUUCAAUCUCAACGUGGUCGACUCCCUCACUGACAAGAGUCUCGACACGGUGACCUCGAUUCACUGGCACGGCCUGUUCCAGAAAGGCACAAACUGGGCAGAUGGCCCUUCUCAGAUCAAUCAGUGCCCGAUCAUCCCAAAGGAGGAUUUCGACUACAAGUUUUCGGUCCCCGACCAAGCUGGAACUUUCUGGUACCACAGUCAUUACCGCAACCAGUACUGCGAUGGGCUUCGUGGUCCUCUUGUCGUGUAUGACAAGAAUGACCCACAGAAGUCGCUCUACGACGUUGACAACGAUUCGACCGUCAUUACUCUCGGUGACUGGUAUCAUUACUUAUCUACACAGGCGCCAGGUAUACCCGCUCCGAACACCACUCUUAUCAAUGGAAAGGGGCGCUAUUCUGGGGGUCCUGCUGCACCUCUCUCCGUCAUCAACGUCCAAGCUGGCAAGCGCUAUCGGUUCCGUCUUGUCUCAAUCUCCUGCGACACAAACUUCAUCUUCUCUAUCGACGGUCAUACGUUCAAUGUCAUUGAGGCCGAUGGUGUCAGUCACCACCCCGUCCCUGUGGACUCAGUGCAGAUAUUCGCUGCUCAGCGCUACUCGCUUGUCAUGGCCGCCAAUCAACCAGUCUCGAAUUAUUGGAUCCGCGCUCAGCCUAGCAACAUCAACGCUAGUUUCGCGAAUGGUAUGAACAGCGCUAUCCUGCGUUACGCUGGAGCGAAGGCCGUCAACCCGACGACUACAAGUUCGGCCCACCAGCUGCUCAACGAACAGGACCUUCACCCCUUGACGAACCCGGUUCCUCCUGGCAAGCCCGUUCCCGGUGGCGCCGAUAUCAACAUCGAGUUCGAUGUCGCUUUCAACACGACUGACGGCCUCUUCUCGAUCAACGGUGAACCCUUCGCAGCUCCCUCUGUGCCGGUUCUCCUCCAGAUCCUCAGCGGUACUCCGGCGGCGAAGCUCAUGCCGCAGAAGUCCAUCUACACCCUCGCGCCUAACAAGAGCGUGGAGCUCACCAUUCCGGGAGGUGUGCUUGCCGGGCCGCAUCCGGUCCACCUCCACGGUCAUGCCUUCUCGGUCGUGCGCUCGGCCGGAAACUCGACAUACAACUUUGUGAACCCGCCUCAACGUGAUGUGGUGUCGAUUGGUACAACCACCGAUGACCGCACCACGAUCCGCUUCUUCACCGACAACCCUGGCCCCUGGUUCUUCCAUUGCCAUAUCGACUGGCACCUGAACGCCGGCUUCGCUGCUGUAUUUGCUGAGGACGUACCUGACGUUUCCGCGACCAACCAUCCCCCUGCUGACUGGAAUGCGCUUUGCCCUGCUUACAACCAGUACACUUCUGCCAAUCAGAUCCCCGCGUCCGGCCCGGCUGCGCUCGUACCGGCUGAGAUCCCGAACCCCAAGCCGAUCACUAACUCGUCCAUCCCUUCUUGA